CUAUCACCGCAUUAAAAACAUUUCACACCAGCGAGAGCCCUUGAAGCCGAAACACUGCGAGUCAAGGUGCUCUCAGUGUGCUACUGGCCUGCCUUGACUUUCCAUCAGGGUCUGCUGUGCUAGAGGACGUGAACUUGUACAGAAGCUGCACAGCCAGCUGCGCAGGCCCCCUUCACGCUCCCCCCCUGCGCUAUGAGCAGAGGUAGAGGAGGGCCUUCCAAGGAACACUACCACAAACAUUCACCACUCCACCUCCAGGCCAAGGAGAAUUACAACAGACCUGGGCCAGCCUCAUUCUACCCCAGAGCUGGCCCACAGCAGACCCCAUAUUCAAGUUACUACGAAAGCCCUGCCCCCCCUGUAGUGUCCAUACAACCCCCAGCCCCCUCUCUCAUUCCCUCCGCUCCACCAGUACCAAGCCACAUUAAACCAGCCCCUAAACCAGUGGCCCUUAACAAUUCACAUAAUCAGAAUUACAGUCCCAGUCCUGCUCCCAAUUCAUUUCAGUAUCAACAGGUGGAGUUCCUGAGAGGACACAACUCUGAGGCUCCACAGUUCAGAGCCAGUCCACGAGGAGGGGGAGGGGGAGUGGUACCCGGCAGGCCACCUAUUUCCUCAUAUCAACCCCAGUCAGGAUACAGUCGAUAUCCAAACUCCAACACCAGCCCUAGGGGUAGAGGUGGGUAUAGCCAUGACCAGAGUUUUGCGUGCCCACCGACUGUAGGACCCCUACGAGGCCCCCAAGGCCCUCGACACCUGAAUCAAAACCAGUUACAAAGUAAAAACCACAACCAGUACUCCAACAGACAAUGGUGCGUCCACACAGACUUUUCGUGUGACAAUUUUCAGAGAUUGUCUCUUCAUCAAGACAGGCCAAGCAGAGGAGAAAGGUUUGACAGACAUUCUGCAUCCAGCAGCUCAUCAAUUUCCAGCUUUAGUAAAGUUAACAUCACUCUCACCCCUGACAUCCAGGACCAGGUACAUAAGGCUUUGGCUGCUUUGAAGCCAAGUGAGAGCAUCUCUGCAAAAUUGUUGGCGAAAAAGCUGCGUCUGCCCAAAAAGAUAGUGAACAAGGCCCUCUACUCUUUGGAACGCUCACAGAAAGCCUCAAAGGAAGGACUCCACCCUCCCGAGUGGACUGUUUACAGAGAACCUCUCAGAUGCGAGGAAGCUCAAAACUCUAAAAUACAAAGUCCACUAUCCAAUCUGUGUGUCAGCUCAGGACACCCUCCAAAACCUGAAGCCAAGGUUGAGCUAAAAACAGAAACAGCAAGAAACAGGGGACAGGCCAAAGAAGAGGACUCUGACACAGAAUCCAGUUCUUCUUACAGCUCUUCUUUAGAGUCAUCUGACUCUGAAGCAUCCCAGUCACCAGCACAAGGUCAGCACGAAGAGAAACAACAUCCCGGCACCACCAGCGCCCCUGAUCAGGAACUUCUGCUUUCCAUCAUGGCAGAACAGAAGGAGCUAGUUCUGCGGUACCUCCGGGAUUCAGAGAAGGCAACUGCUCUCGUCAUAGCCAAAAAUCUGGGACUUAGAAGUGCCAAGCAGGUAAAUCCCACCCUUUAUGUACUGGAGAAGCAAGGUGAUGUCAUUAAAAAUGGUGAUGUCAACCCUCCCACAUGGGAGCUCUCCACCCACCGCAGAGAGAGAAUGGAGAGGAGCCUCAAAGCUGCACAGAGCACCCCAGUCGAGGGGGUACCAAUGGAGGAAGAAACCCGCAGAGAGGAGAAGGGAGGAGAGUCCAUCUUCCUGCCAUCACCACCACUACCACCAAUACCAGGCCUGGAGCCACUACCACUUCCAGAGGGCUGGAUGCCAGAGCAAAGUCACAGCGAAGCGUCCAAUUCCUCCCUCCAGCCCCGCUCCUUUACCUCACGUCAAGACAAAGAGACCAACGAAGGACAGUGGGCCGACGACGAGAUCCCAGAAUUCCUCAAUGCCAUUCGCAGAGAGACAGAUGCUGAAAAACUGGCAGCAGAGAAGGCCAACAACAUGGGAACUGUUGCUGUGUCGCUGGCUGCCCCACCUCCCCAGAACCUGUGGGCCAAAUUGCAGGAAGUGAGGCUGAAGAACCCUGUCAGCGGCCUCAUGGAGUAUGCCCAGUAUCUGGGCCAGAACUGCGAGUUCCAGCUCCUUGACCAGUCGGGACCCUCCCACGACCCAAGAUUCCGUAUGCAGGUGAUGCUCAACGGGAAGCUGUUUCCUGUCGCUGAAGCUUCCAGUAAGAAAGUAGCAAAAAAGGACGCUGCUGCGGCCGCCCUGCGCAUUCUCAUCGGAGAGAUGCAGGGAGGGGCCAGCACAGGGGACGAGGAAAAUACUGCCAAUACAGACCAAGUCAUGGACCUACUCCCAGACACAAGUGGGGCAGCUGAGAGCAUAGGGGGAAUUUUUGGGUCUGGGAGCGUGGAAGGGAUGGGGAUGGUGGAGGGACCUCGCCAGCCACUGUCACGCUCUCUGCCUGGUGGAAAGAAUCCGGUGUCUGUUCUGAUGGAGUACAGCCAGCGCAGCGGGAACCCCAUUGAAUUCAUCAUCACUGGGCAGGCAGGCCCACCACAUGACCCACGGUUCAUGUACAGGGUGAAGGUCGGAGAGAGCUUGUUUGCUGAAGCCUCAGCUCCAAGUAAGAAGGCAGCCCGCCAGCUGGCGGCAGAGGAGGCUGUCAAAGAAUUAAUGUCUGACGGGAGAUUACAGCUUAACAAGCCUCAGUUGCCCCUCGGCUCCUCCAGCGAUAGUGAUGGCGGUGGUUCUGGGACUACAUGUCCCUCUUUGCCCCCUCUUACUGCAGAUGAGUUGCGAGCAGCGCACGAGGCAGGGGUUGGGGACCUCAUCAACCACCUGAACAACAAUGCAGUGUCAGGUCUUCUGGAGUACGCCAGAGCCCGGGGCUUUGCUGCUGAGAUUCGCCUGGUGGGCCAGUCUGGGCCACCACAUGAGCCAAAAUUUACCUACCAGGCUAAGCUGGGCGGACGGUGGUUCCCUCCAGUCUGUGCAUCCAACAAGAAGCAGGGAAAACAGGAGGCAGCAGAUGCUGCACUACGGGUUCUGAUUGGAGAAGCUGAGAGAGCAGCCCGUACUGGGGAGCUUAUCCCAGCUGAACUUCCCGUGAGUGGCAGCACUUUGCAUGACCAGAUAGCAAUGUUGAGCCACCAACGUUUCAACGCCUUGACCACACGUAUCCAGCACAGCCUUCUGGGUCGCAAGAUUCUGGCCACCAUCGUCAUGAGGAGAGGGGAGGGCCUGGGGACUGUUGUCAGCCUGGGAACUGGAAAUCGCUGUGUUAAAGGGGAGGAGCUGAGCCUUAAAGGGGAGACUGUUAAUGAUUGCCACGCUGAAAUCAUCUCCAGAAGGGGAUUUGUUCGUUUUCUGUACACUGAGCUGCUCAAGCACUAUGAUGGCGCAGAUGACAGUAUAUUCGAGCCAGCGGAGAAUAACAAACUGCGGAUCAAAUCUGACAUCACCUUUCACCUCUACAUCAGCACGGCACCUUGUGGGGAUGGGGCUCUGUUUGAUAAGUCCUGCAGUGAGGCUGGGGAUGAAGUCGAAGGCCAUCAGCCUCUGUUUGAGAAUGCUAAGCAGGGCAAGCUCCGCACCAAAGUGGAGAACGGUGAGGGCACCAUCCCAGUGGAGUCAAGUGCCAUUGUGCCCACCUGGGACGGCAUCCAGCACGGAGAGAGGCUGAGAACCAUGAGCUGCAGUGAUAAGAUCCUGCGCUGGAAUGUACUGGGCCUGCAGGGGGCGUUGCUCACCCAUUUCCUGCACCCCAUCUACCUAAAGUCCAUCACACUUGGCUAUCUGUACAGCCACGGUCACCUUACACGUGCUGUUUGCUGUCGGCUGGCGAGAGAUGGUGAAGCGUUCGAUCAGAGUCUUCCUGCUCCCUUCAAGCUAAACCACCCAGAGGUGGGCAGAGUGAGUGUGUAUGACUCCACACGUCACACGGGCAAGACCAAGGAAUCCAGCGUGAACUGGAGCUUUCCAGACCAGCACAGUGUAGAGGUGCUGGAUGGGACCAAAGGCAAACUGGAUGGGAACAAACUGGCCGUGUCCCGUGUGUCCAAGUCCAACUUGUUCUGUCUGUUCCGCUCUCUGUGCCAGCGGUGUGGCCGCACAGACCUCCUCUCCCACCCCUCCUACGCCCAGGCCAAGAUGUCGGCCAUGUCCUUCCAGCUAGCCAAGCAGCAGUUCUUCCGAGCUCUCAGCGUCCACGGUUACGGCGCCUGGAUUGGCAAACCGCUGGAAGAGAAGAGCUUUGAGUCGGGGGAGGGAAUCGGGAAGAAUGGAGCAAGUGUCCCUGUGGGAUACGGCAGCAGUAGAAACGGAGGAGCAAUGGAAUACAAGCAAGAGGAGGCAUAGACCAGUGCAGGGUACAUUAUUAAGUUGGUAAUAUAAAUAUGUGGGGGAGAAAAGCACAAGCCAGGGGCAGAUGUGAAGAAAGAAAAGGACAAUCAAACUAUGUGUAGCCAGCAGCCAGAACUGUAUCUUCUGAUGGAACAUGAUUAAAGGCUGCAGAGGAAAAAUGAUGGAAGGGGACAGAGUGAAUGAAGGUGAUGGCAAGGGCAAAGCCUGAAGGGUGAGUGGGAUCACAGUCAGCAGAGACAGCUAAGGAGAGAUUCAGGGGGUGUACAAAAUAAUGUAAACACUACAUGAAAAAGGAAUUAGUUUGAAGUCAGUAAAUCACCAGGGCAAACACUGCUACAAAGCUGAGCUGUGCUAACUUGUAAGACAGUUACUAUGUUUGUUAGGAUCCUUUAUAUGGUUUAUAUCUAUACGUUAGCUAGUUUCAGAUUGUCUUUGUACAUGUUGUGCUUGGCAUAUGCUGCCAUUAUUUUUCCACUGUUCUAUUUCAUUUUUUCCUUUGAUGACGAUUUGGCCUCUUUAGACCACUGUUUGUUGUUUGUUGCCAUGAGAGUCUGAGUCGCUGACAAAUGCUAACUGGCAUUCAACCCGAAAUGACCCUGCAUUGUAGCAGUGUUUGUAAUUGUGAUUAAGUUAAUUUAGAGUUUCAGUUCUCUUUCAUUAAGUGCUUACUAUUUUUUCUACUCCCUGUGUUUUGCUGUAUGGAAAUACAUGCAGCUGCUUUUAGGACAGAGCAGAAAUAAUGGGACGCUCUCAGCAGGAAUUUUUUUUCUUUUUCGUUUUUUUUUUUAAUUGCACUCACCCUAGUUAGAUGUCAAGUAAACUUGGAAAUUAAUCCUUGCUCAUUACAGUCCCAGCUUACAGUGUACAUAAAAAGCUUUCACUGUACAUAAGAAGAACAUUAAUACCAACUUUUACUCUGAUCAGUCACUGACAUUCACUGUGCAACAUUUUAGUCUUUAGCUCCUGUACAUACUCUGAAUACUUCAAACAGGCCCCCUUUUUUUGAGUUAAAGAAGAUUUAAACUUUCUCUACACCCUUAGCUGUCCAUCCAUCCAUCCACAUGUUGUUUCCAUGGUUACCAUUAGCACAACAUAGGUCAUCGCAGCCCAUUGAUCAGUCCCACAAUUUCUCUGUGCUUUUCUGCUUUUAUAUGGAAUUACUGAUGUCAAGGCCUCCAAAAAUUACAACAUUUCUGUUCCUAUUGCUUGUGUGUGGUUUUUCAGCAUUUCUCCUUGUUUUCCUUCACUUCUGUCGAUGGGGUCAUCAGUAACUGGCCAUGCUAGCGAGUCCUGGCAAGGACCUGCCUGCAGCUUGCCUGCAUAUUGUUUUUUACAUCUCAGUAUACAAAAAGCCUUUCAGGUUCUCUUGUAUGGCCAGUUGUUGAGGACUGCUAGAUGAGGACAGUGGUGUUGUUUAAGGAGAGUGUGUUGUUUGUUCUUGAUUCGGUUACAUGUAGAUGGAUGAUGAACUAUAUACAUCAGGUAUAUACAAAUACAUGAACACACAGAUGCAUGGUGGGAUCCAAAAGCCUGAGUUUGAGAAUCCAUGUUUUUUGAGCGCUCUAAAGAGCAUGUGAGAGAGGUGCUGUAAUAUCUUGUGAUGUUACAGUGGUCUCACAGGUUUGAUCUGGUAACUACAGAGGAAAAGCCAUGAGAGUCAGCACCCCCAAGAUGCUUCGGGUUGGUUUGGUGUACCUUUGAUGGAUGCACACAGCCGUUGCUUUGCUAGAGAAUGAAUCUUCUUUUAAAAGGUUUAAAGCUUGAAGUGAUAAUAUCUCUCUGUAGAGAGUGGCACCUCUCUCUGGUCGACGUGUGGUUGGGUCCUUUAUUUUAGCCGUGAAGUUCAACUUUUAAUUGAGGUCUUUCUUACAGUCUUACAAGUAGACCGAAUUUUCUCAGAAGCUGUGAUGUGAUUUACACAUGAACACAUUGUUUUUGGUACCUGUUGCAUUUCUUUAAACGUGUUAUUUUGAUUUUUUGAUUUAUUUACAGCGUAUUUAAGUAGUUAGCUUAAAACAGGAACAUAUACAGUUUUGGUGUUAGACUCAGACUUUUGGGACCCACUGUUUGAGUAUAAUGCUGUAUAUAUAUAUAUCUGUGUGUAUGUAUAUGUAUAGGUUUCAUGUAUAUAUUUUGUAAAUCAUCUACAAUUGUUUUCUAUAAUUUUUCCUGAUGUUUUAAUGGAGUAUGCCGUUUUUUUACCAAUGACGUUUGGAGAGUUUGAAAAAAUAAAAGAAGUUGCAAUGUU